AUGGUGCAGGAACGUGGCGUGGGUCCAUCCUGCUGGGGCCUGUGGCUGUUCGGCGCCCUGUCCCUGGCGGCAUUGUGCUUGUCCGACCAGGCCAUCCGCUGUCCGGAGUGCUCCGAGGAGAGGCUGGCCAGCUGCCGCCUGCCUGAGGGCUGCGAGGAGACGGUGCGGGAGCCCGGUUGUGGCUGCUGCCCCACCUGCGCCCUGUCUAAAGGGACGCACUGUGGCGUGUACUCCCCCCGGUGUGGAACGGGCCUCCGCUGCUACCCGCCGCGCGGCGUGGAGAGACCAUUGCACUCCCUGAUGCACGGCCAGGGUGUCUGCACGGACGAGAGGGAGGCAGAGGACAACUCAGCAGUGGACAGACAGGAGGAGAUCAUCCUGGAACAUCCCAACAUCAGCAACAUCCGCUGCAGUCCACAGGAUAAGCGAUGCAUACAGAAGAACAUGGCCCGACUGAAAUCCAUAAACCCGAGAAGCAACAGUGCCAGAGAUGAAGCCAAGCUAGUGCUGGCACCAUGCCGUGCUGAGCUACAGAGAGCUCUGGACAGAUUGGCAUCGAACAGCCGAACCCAUGACGACCUUUUCACGAUCCCCAUACCCAACUGUGACAGGAACGGAGACUUCCACCCAAAGCAGUGCCAUCCUGCUCGUGACGGCCAUCGGGGAAAGUGUUGGUGUGUGGAUCCCAAAACAGGUCUGAGGAUGCCUGGCCCACUGGAGCUGCGAGGGGAGCUGGACUGCCACCAGUUAAUGGCUGCCACCCUGCGGGAUUGAGGAGGGUGAAGGGGAGGUUUGGGUUGCAGGACCAGCUAAAUUUUACUGGUGCUUGUUUGUAGAACUACGUGACUAAAGGACUGCAUCCUUUUGCUCUACCGGAGGCCAACGGUACUGGAGCUUGUGCAACAAAAAGGAAACCAUUGAGUUCUUUUAUUAUUUUAUUUGUGUGUGAGAAAACGCAGUUUGAGUCUCUUUGAGCACUUGUUGUGAUUUGUUUCUACUAUGUGAAUGUCAGACAGACUGACUAUAAACGUGCGCGCUUUAAAGUACCAGGUGGCAGAAAAUAUUUUUAAAACACAUUUUCUUUGGUAACAGUUAUAUUUGUGGUGCAUAUGGGCAAGUCUAUUGUGUAAUAAUUAACUCCACUCAUUUACACAUGAUGUAAAACUAAAGUUUGUAGUGUUUUUAGAGCACUACAUUAUAGUAAUUACAGAAUCAGGAAAAUCCAAGAAACAUCUCUGUCUAAUACAUUUUUUGUUAGGUUUCAGUCUUCUAAUACUGUUAAUUAUUUGGGUUGAUAACGAUGAAGCAAACCAUAAAAUGUGUUUGCUCCAACACCAAGUCUAGCUCAGUCACAUCAACAAAGUAGCAAUAAAAGCUAGAGAACGAGAGAGGAAUGAGGGAGUGAUAAAAACAACUCUCUGUCACCAAACGGUCAGCCAUAGGUUUUCACCUGAAGGUCUCUGUAUCCUAAACAAAUUAGCUUCAUUGCGUUUUUUACUUUAAAACACAUGUAACAGGAAGUGUUGGCAGUAAAACUGAGCUAGAACCUGUGUACACUGAUGAUAAAAUAAUCUUCCUUCUCCAGCUGGUGCUAAGACGCCAGCACCAUUCUUUGUGUUUGCAUUAGUAUGCAAUGACAGAGGAUUUCUCCCCGGUAUUGCUUGGCAGAAUGUCUCGGUGCUACAAACUGACUGUGCCAAAUUAAAAACAAAAAAGUUUUAUGCACUUUUAAGGACAUUAUUUAGGAUUUGAAUUAAAAUGAGGCGAUUAGCUUUUGAAAAAAUGAGAGCAACUAUUUGAACUGGCUAUAGCUCAUGGCAUUUUAGAUGGGUUUGUCUAAGUGUAACAUUUAACAUCAGCGUUGCGAAAACACUGCAGCUAGCUAACUACUGGAUUUUUUAGAAAGCCAGUUUUGUGAAGCAGGCAGACAGUUUGUAUUUAAAAUCGUGUGUGAGAUAGCUGGGGACUGAGCUUCUGACGUCAUUCUUCUAGCUAAAGCAACAUUUUGGCUAACAACGUUUUAGCUAAUAUAACAUUCAAGCUAAUGUAGCAUUUUAUUAAUGUGGUACUUUAGAGUUUUUGCUAAUGACACGUUGUGACAACUGCAUCUUUUAGCUAAUUUCAUUUUUUAGCUAAUGCAGCAUUUUAGCGACGCUACAUUUGGAGAAACUGUAGAAACCCUUCUUUGUCAGUUGUCUGUCAAGCAUCAUAAUUUGAAUUAGGGUAUUACUUGUAUAAGUGACAUAACCACUGAUCAUGUAGGCACAACCAGUAGCAUUUUAUAUAACAGCAAUUAUUAUAAUAGCAUUUUAAGUGUACUGGUAGUGUGAGGUUGAGCGAAGUAGCAGGUGUAAGCUAAUUCUUGAUAAACACAGCUUGCAUUAUCUGCUAUAUUGGAAAUUCUAUAUUUGUGGACUCAAGAAAAGUUUUCUGUUGUUUAUUUACUUUAUGAAAAUAAGAGUGAAAAGCACAAAAGGUUUGAAUAAAAAGUCAAACAGUAAAGAAGCCUUAAUGCUAGCCAAACAAAGCGUUUGUGUACACGAUACAGAGUAGAAAUAUCAAAGAUGGAUAGCUACUAACACACAAUCAAAUUAUUUUUGUGUUCAUUUCUGAUUUUAGCUUUAAAUGUGAGUGUUUUUUUAGCCCAGUUCAGUAAACAAAGUCUUGUUCUACUAUUAACUAAAAAAGUGCCAUGAAAACUUUUAUAUCUGUGAAUUUUUCCGCACACAUUUGACCUGUAGACUUGGUUUAAUCUUUCUAAAAGGCGUAAUAAUGCGCAUGUAUUCCUUAGCGUUAAAGCAUGAAAGUGGUGAAUAGAAGUGGCUUUCUCUCAGUAAUACCAACCCAUGGUAAGAAUGUGGCCAUCUGUAAACAAUGAUUUCUUUAUAAAAAUAUACCAGUUACCUUAAACCUCAACCAACAUAUUUUCUUGUCUGUGUGUUGAGCCACUUUUUAUACAAAACAGCAAAAUCUGUAAAAUUAAACACUGUUAUUUACUGAUGGAAUCUGAUAAUCCAUAUACUAUUAAAUAUAGAGUUUAAUUUCAAAUAUCUCCUGAAGUUGUUUCAUCUGAUAAUUUGGUUUGUAAAUAAAUGUUUCCAGAAAUCAUUUGACCAAUAAUAAUAAUAAUAACUGCUUCACAAACAAAAAGCUGAAAGAAAACGAAGCUUAUUGAAUGUGUGUGGAAAAAUAUCAGUUCUUCAACCAAUGCAAACACAUUUCUUUGUCACAAAUGAUUUUUAUCUUCAGCAGCGAAGAAAAAAAACUAACUGAUUAGAAUUUAUUUCGUAAAGAACUUCUAAUUAUGUAGAGGCUGUGCUUCAGCUACAAUAUGUUUCCAACGUUGUCAUUUUGGACUAUAAUUGUUUGUUUGUGUGGCUGAUGAGCAGUAAUGUUUGCAUGCAUACAAAGGAACUGGUUUAUCUGUAUUAGGACUGUUUAUGUACACACACACUUAAGUAAACAGAGCAUUAAAAUAUAGUUUCCAUCAAUAAAAUGAUCAGUUACAUAGUAAAUGUCAACCUGAUAAAAAAUGAAAAUGUACUCAUUGUAAUGCAUCAGUUAAAACAAUUAUUAGUGGCUGGAAUAUUUAGCAUAAGUGUUUUGGCAUUUUACCAAAUGACAUCUGAUCCAGUUGUUUCUGUAUUGUGGAUGGAUAAAACAAUGUAAAUAAAGUCUUUUUUUCUGGUUAA